ACGCAUUGUGAGAACCACGCGCGCUCGCUUCUGCUAUUGUGGUGACUGAAUUGCUUUCCAGUACCAGGGCAUUUAGUUAAGCAGAUUGUGUUUCUUUACACCCCUGCGAUGAUCUCUCUUGACGGCGGUUGGUGACAAGUGGCUUGGGGACGGCAGCAUCACACAAACAGAGACAUGAACAUGCAUACAAACCACAUCAUAACGAGAUGGGAUACAGCAUUACCGGGAUCAUGAGCUGUGCUGCUGAAUGAAGAAUUGGUAACACUGGGCCAGUGAAACCUCCAUCCUCCAUCCACUAACCAUGAGAAGUGCAGAGGAAAUGCACGGAUGGACAGUAAAAAUGAGCAUGCUGAGUGUUUUGGCCAUGGUUACGGUCUUUUCUAUGUUUCCUGGCGGGGUGCUGAGCGAUAUGAGAGGUACUCAGGGUCUGGAAGCCCAACAGUUGGCCCAAGGGUCCACUCAUCUGCACCGUCGCCUGAAGAGAGGCUGGAUCUGGAAACAGCUGUUUGUCCCGGAGGAAGAUCCCACUCCUCGCGUUAUUGGCCAGCUCAAAUCCGACUAUGACCGAGGCGAGUUUUCCAUCAAGUACAUAUUAUCAGGAGAAGGAGCUGGAGAUUUGUUUGAGAUAGAUGAGUAUUCAGGUGAGAUCCGGACACUGAAGAAGCUUGAUCGAGAGGAAAAGGCCUUCUACGUCCUUCAAGCUCAGGCUAUCAACAGGAGAACCAAUGAACCAGAGGAACCCCAGUCCGAGUUCAUCAUCAAGGUGCAGGACAUCAAUGACAAUGUCCCGCAGUUCCAGAACGAACCAUAUGUGUCCAGCAUCCCUGAGAUGUGUCCAAUCGGGACCACUGUGGCCCAGGUGACAGCCACAGAUGCUGACGAUCCCAUGUUCGGAAACAACGCCAAGCUCAUCUACUCCAUCCUGCAGGGGGAGCCCUACUUCUCUGUGGAGCCAAAGACGGGGAUCAUUGUAACAUCUUGGCCAAACAUGGACCGAGAGGCCAGAGAGCAGUACCUGGUGGUGGUGCAGGUGAAGGAUAUGCUGGGCCUCAGCGGUGGUUACUCCUCCUCCACCACCGUCACCGUCAGCCUGACUGAUGUGAACGACAAUGGGCCCACAUUCCAACACCACCUGUACACCUUUGCCGUGCCUGAAAAUGCAGCUGUAGGCACCACAGUGGGCAGAAUUAUGGCACAGGAUGGAGACAUUGGUGUCAAUGCCAGGAUGAGCUACAAUUUGGAGGAUGACCUGGAGGAAAGCACCACGUUUCUCAUCAAAACAGACCCAGUGACGCAGGAGGGAGUGGUUGUGCUCGCCAAGCCUUUGGACUUUGAAACUAAAAGACGUUUUGUCAUGGCCGCAGAGGCAGUCAACGAUCAGGUGGACCUUCGUUUUCUGACUCUGGAUGAGUUCAGGGACAGGACGACACUCAAGAUUGUUGUGAAGGACGUAGAUGAGCCGCCUGUCUUCCUCUCAGCGGUCUACGAGUGGAAAGUUCCUGAAAAUGCAGCUGUGGGAACUGUGGUUGGCAGCGUUAGUGCCAGAGACACUGACACAGUCAACAAUCCCAUCAGAUAUUCAAUUGACAAAAGGAGUGAUAACUCAAAAGCUUUCAAAAUAGACCCAAACAAUGGAACUAUGACUGUCGCUAGAGCUUUGGAUCGAGAGACUGCAAACUGGCACAAUGUGACUGUUGAAGCCAGGGAAACAACACAGACCCAUUUAUCCUCCUCUGUGGUGGUGUUCAUCAAAGUGCUGGACAUAAACGACAAUGUGCCAAGGCUUGCAAGAGAUUACCAGCCAUAUAUCUGUGAGGGAACACAGGCGGGAGAACUCAUUCAGCUGCUCAGUGCUGUUGAUCCAGACGACCCCGUGGAGGGACACCACUUCUACUUCUCUAUGGUCUCCGAGAAGCACAUCAAUCCAAACUUCACUAUCAGAGACAAUCAAGACAAUACAGCCGGCAUAGUGGCACGUAGGAGUACGUUUACCCGCAAGGAUCGAACCCAGUACUUCCUGCCUGUUGUGGUGACAGACAGCGGCUCUCCAGCUCUCUCCAGCACCAGCACUCUGACCAUCAGUGUGUGCAGCUGCAAGCCUGCCGGACAUUGUCCCACAGGAGGGGUGGAGGCCCUCGUCCUGUCUAUAGGGGUCAGCCUGCAAACCUUGUUAGGGUUUCUGGUCUGCCUUGUAACGCUCACAGUGCUGUCAGUUCUAAUGCUGAUGCUGAGGAGGCACAGGCGGAAGCAGCAGGAGGGACUGGAGGUGGAGGUAAAAGAGCUGGAGCUGCCUGAGACGGUGUCGCAGAAGGUGCUGUAUUACGGAGAAUCUGGGGGUGGGAGAGCAGACCUAGACUUCUGCCAGCCUGCCGUCCCACUGCGCCACCACCCCAGGAGGAGGGAGAGGAAGCUGCGGAGGGAGGACGUCAGGGCCAGUAUAAGGAUGUCCCUCAGAGAGUCCCACCUCAUCGGGCCGGAUGAUGAGGUCUUUAGGCAGUUUAUUCUGGACAGGCUGGCAGAGGCAGAUGAUGAUCCUUACGUUCCCCCAUUUGACUGCCUAAGAACCUAUGCAUAUGAGGGGUCGGGGUCUCCUACAGGGUCCCUGAGCUCACUGGAAUCAAUCACUAUGGAGCAACCUGUUUGUAAUCCCAGACCUUACGUGGUUAGACUCACCCCUUGGUAUGGGGGAGGAGAGGAAGACACCACCUUCUGAGGGGCUCUUCUUCUUCUUCUCCUUUUUAAAUGGCUGUUUUUCCAAUGUUUGCAUGAUGAACCAGUUCAGUGCAUUUCCAGUGAAUACUUUUCACACAAGACAUCAAGAUGGAAAACAAAUGUUUAUUGGAAAGGUUCAACAUUUAGAAAAUACACUUAAUCCCCCUUCUGCCCAGAGUUAGAUGAGAUGAUUGAUAGCACUCUCAUGCUUGUACAGUAAACAUAAAGGUACAGCAGCCUGUUAGCUUAGUUGAGCUUGACAUAAAGACUGGGAACAGGGUACAACAGCAAGCCUGACUCUUUUUUUAGACACUUUAGAGGUGCCAGUAGGCUGAUUUUCUUAUUUCCUUCUUUCUAGCUGUUUCCCCUUUUUUCCGGUGUUUAUGCACAGCUAACUAGAUCGCGCGGUUCAUAUUUAGCAUACAGACAUGAGAGUGGUGUGAGUUUUCUCAUGUUACUCUCCGUGAGAAAGCAAAAAUCAUUUCACAACAUGUCAAACUAAAAUCAACCCUUUUAUAAUUUCACAUCUUGGGUAUAUCUGGGCUCAUUUGUGUUUGCUGUAUUUUCUUUUUUUCUCUGUGUAUGUGACCCAAUCGCCAGAAAAAAUGUUGGCAUGGUAUGUUUCUGCAAACCAUGGAUACGUCACAUUUUGACACAACAAUGUAGCGGAUACAUUGCAAUUUUAUGUUUCAAUAAAAAGAAAAUACCCAAUUCAGGGGCACAGUACCGCCUGCAAAUGCAGUGAUGUCUCUGUAAAAAACAUCUGCUCUGUGUGGCACUAUCCAAGUUGAAAUGCAACAAUGGGUCACCUAAAAAAGAACUUGUUUUGUUGUUUGAUGGUCCCAAAACAGUGAUCUGCAGCUGGGCAGGUGUCUUGCUUAGAUGACAUGCCAUCCACAGUUCCCUCUAACCUCUGAUGACAAAGUCAGCUCAUAAACUACAUUACUUGAGAAAUCUUGAUAUUAUUGGUGUGAAAUAUAGAAAUAUAAUGCACCCUUGGCUUCCAGAAACAUACAAUGCCAACAUUUUCCUCUGGCGACUGGGCUGGUGUAUAACUCUUCAAACAUGGAUCACUUUCAUGUUAUAGCUACAAAGACAUUGAGAGCAGUUACGACUCUGUGUGUGUCUAACACAAAUGGAAAUGUUAGACCUUGUCUCAGUGGUUUAAACUCAAAGGGCAGAGGGUUUCUCUUAGAUAUUUAUAAGGCUGUUCUGACCAGAAAAAUCUAAACCAUUGGCCAUUUGUAUGAAUGCUAAAAAACAAACUUCUGUUUUUCCUGACAAGCAGCCUCUUGUGGUUGUGCAAAUAACGAUGCUCCUUUUUGAGAAGCAAAGGUGAGAUUAACAUUUAAACAUGUUGCGUGUACAAAGAAUGUGACUCAAACUCCAGAAACUGCAGUUUGAAUCCUUUCUUCUACUUAAAGUCAAAGUUUGUUUGGCUCAACUUCACCCGUGGCCCCUCCCUAACCUUGAAGCUGCAUUCAUUUAUUGGAGCAAGCUGAAGACACACUGUUAUCUGAAAAAUAAAGUCGUUAUGGCAAA